CAGUGACAAACUCCCUUCAUGCUCACUGCAGCUCGAGAAAAACCUCCUCUUCAUCUCCAUUAACGAUCAAAUACCUCCGCUCUGACAGCUGCCUCUCCUAAUUCGGAGUUUCUGAUAAAAAUGUUUUCCGCUUACGCUCGAAAAUUUCCAUGGCGAUCCAUCAGAACCCUCUCCCACAUGCUCCUCAAUCAAAGGAGGGAGGUGCUAGCUAGAAGCAGUACCUCUGCACACAAUUUUAGUUUGCGCAGUUCUGGCAAGAUGUGGAGUUCGUUUAAUGGAGCUCGUUGUUUUUCGGCUAAGAGUAUGAGGAGCAAAGUGGAGAAAAGGAUGCAAAGGGAGUCGGGCAAAACCCUCAGGGAAAUUCGAAGGGCGAAAAAGCUGAGGAAGAAAUUGAUGACUGAUGAGGAACGCCUUAUCUACAAUCUCAGAAGGGCAAAGAAAAAAGUGGCUUUACUUCUUCGAAAGCUGAAGAAGUAUGAACUGCCCGAGCUUCCAUCCCCUCGCCAUGACCCGGAGCUUUUCACUCCCGAGCAGUUGCAGGCGUACAAGAAGAUUGGAUUCAAGAACAAAAACUAUGUGCCAGUUGGCGUUCGUGGGGUCUUUGGAGGGGUAGUUCAGAAUAUGCACCUCCACUGGAAGUUCCACGAUACUGUGCAAGUUUGCUGUGACAAUUUCCCGAAGGAAAAGAUUAAGGAGAUGGCUUCUAUGCUGACGAGAUUGAGCGGGGGCAUUGUGGUCAAUAUUCAUAACGGGAAGACUAUCAUUAUGUUUCGUGGCCGGAAUUAUCGUCAGCCGAAGAAUUUGAUUCCUAUCAAUACCUUAACAAAAAGAAAGGCACUCUUCAAGGCACGAUUCGAACAGGCCCUCGAUUCCCAAAAGCUCAACAUAAAGAAAACUGAGCAGGAGCUUCGCCGGAAAGGGGUAAACCCGGACGACCCAGUUGCCAUAGCCAGUAUCCAGCGAGUGGCCUCCACAUUCUUCAACGCCAUCGACAAAAGAGAAGGCAGUCCUUACGUUUUUCGUGAGGAUCGGACAAGAACAACAACAAAGCCCGCCGAGCCAGAACAAGUCUCCCAACGGGCUCGAGAAUCUGGAGAAGUUGAUGAGGACAGUGAUCAAGAGGAGCUUGACCGUUUUAUUGCGGAGAUUGAAGAUGCAGCCGAUAAAGAGUGGGCCAUGGAAGAAGAGGCUGAGAAGGAAGAGCUUCACCGGAUUAGGUAUUGGAACAGAGAGGAUUUUGGGCUUAGAUUCGUUAGGCCCAAAAUGAAUAGAGUCGAGGGCUCGGAUGAUGAGAGUAUUGGAAGGAAAAGGAAUUGGGAGGAUGAAGAUGAAGUUGGAGAUGCUGAUGUGGAUUUUUCGGAGAUGGAUGACAAUGAAUGGGAUUUUGAUGAUGAUGAUGACAAUAAAAAGAAUACUUUUGCAGAAGGGAAUUAUAAGAAUUUGCGAGUACGUGCAGAAAGUAACUACAGGAGAGAGUCAAAGUCAAACAGGAGGAGUGAUGAGACGGUUGAAUGGGAGUCAGAUGCCACGUCAGCAGAUGAAUCUUGAGAUCAUGGUGCUGACAGUGAAGGUGGAAAACAAGUUUAAGGGGAAUUUUGCUGGGGAUGCGAAGAUUUGAAGAAAAUGAGUGGCUCAAUGGAUUUUGAUCAUGGAUGUAAAUGUAAAUACGUGUCGAGAGGAAUGGAUUAGCAGUUGAAAUUUAUUAAAAACGAACCCGGGAGGAAAGGAGAUUUACUUGUCUGAAUAUGGUGCUUCGUUUGGCUAAAACACGGAUGUUGAGAUAAUUUAUUGGUUAUGAUUUGACAUUGUUUUAUGGAUGUGUAUAGAUCAAACGGGUUAAGAAAGUAAGAUUGGUCAAAAGGGUAUGCGUACAAACAAUUAGAGGAUAGAAAGUGAACGAGAAAAUGAGUUAAAAAAAAUCUGACCUCAUGCCUAUUUAUGACUUUCUUUCUUUAUGCACACACAAAUUUAGUCGCAUUGAGAUGGAUAAUGUCCACAUUAUCAAUCUGACCUCAUGCCUACUUAUGAUUUUAUGACUUUAUUUGUAUAUGGUCAUUUGAAUUAUGUAUUUAUCAAUCUUGUGUAUGCAUACGAAUGGUAAUGUCCACGUUUUCAUGUAUUUCCUAUUUCCUUUUUAUAUUUUGACAUAAUGUCUUGAAACCACAUUCAGAGGAUAGUAAACUACCUAUUAGAUUGUUGCUCUACAUAUGUGUCUUUCUUCUGUUUGUGCAGGUACGAAUCUGGGUUAGCAGUAAACUAGAUAGGGAAGAACUAUUAUGCUCAGGGAAAUGGGAUAUUCAAUCUCUCCUAAGAUCUUCGUCCGAACUUUGUGGGCCAGAAAGGUCCUUUGAAGAUGGUUCCCAUUGAGGUCGAGCGAUUAAUAAACAAUGAUCUAGUCCUGGAUCAAUUUUUAUCCCCUGCUUCGCCCCUUGUGGCUGGAUUUUGUCUGGAUGGUUUUAGUGCAGUAAAGCAUCGAGUGAACCAUUCGCCUUCCGCAAAUGUGGUCUCGACUAUCUUUUAGAUGAGAGGCUUAUUUCUCCUGCCUGCCGUGUUGUAUAUUCAUGUGUCCUCUCUUCAGGAGUCAAACAACAUGGUGACUCUUGCUGAGUAUCGACUACCAGAAGUGAAACCUGGGACACCCAUGUAUUUUGACUUCCCCAGACAGAUAAGCACUCGCCGCAUAACAUUUUCUCUGCUUGGAGACAUUGCUGCUUUCUCAGAUGACCCUUCAGAACAGGACAACUCGGAAUACAGUUAUACAGAGCCCACCCAUGGGCUGUGGGCUUAUCACUGGCAAACAGAGUUAAAUUGUUCUACUAUGCUGAUCCAUACGAACUCGGGAAAUGGGCCAGCCUUUCUGCCGUUUGAUUAAACCAUUCUAAUCCCAUAUGUUCCGUUUGCUAGUUCAUGGCGUUUAUCUUGGCUUGAUUUUUCCCAAAUGCGGUUCUUUAUUUUUGUAAAUUAGCGAUUUGCGAUUCUUUUGUUAUGGUUUUUAUGUAAUUUGAGGAUAAGUUGAUUGAUGCAACUCCAUAUAGUCCAAAAAUGUAAUGUGCCCUCUCGAGUUAGGGUCCGUAUGUGUUCUAAUUAAGACGUGCUGAUGUGAUAUAAGACUCUGUAUCCUUGAUUUUCAUCUUCUCUUUUCAAAUGUCCCGG